ACUUAUAACUUCUUUUAUUAUAUUAAGAUGAUGCCUUGUAAAAAAAAUAACAAUAAGGGAAGAAUCCAACCCAGACAAAACCUAAUGAUAACUGGUUUGAUUUGUUAGGAGAGACAUUGCUUCAUGUCUCUAGCUACCUCACACGUGCCACCAAUAAACAAAAAUAAAGAAAGUCGUAAAGAAAUUUUGCAAUCAAAAUGCACGAAUCAAGACGAGGUUCACAAAAACAAAGCCGGCCCUCGAUCUGACCCUUCGCUUUGAUUCCAUGGCCACAACUACCUCCAGAUUUCUCCUCCACUAAACCAAGAACAUUCCUCAAUCUCAUCUCCCCAUUUCCUCAAAAAAUAUCUUCAAACCAAAAACCCAUCUCUGCCAUGGCUGCAACUACCUCUUCUUUGCUCCAAUCCAACCCUUUAAAGUCAAAAAAAUGUUCUCCCCUUCAUUUCCCUUCUCCUUGCUUAUCUAACUUUAGAGGAACCUUGACCAUUCAAGCCCAAGGUUAUGCUAAGUUUCAUGUCAAAUGCUUCUUCUUCCCUCAGAAGAGGAAGCAGUUAACGAGCUCGAAUUUGAAUUCCAACGACUUAAGUUCGAGUUCAGAUGAUAAAAACCCAUUUGAGAUUAUUGCUGAAACAAUCUUAAAAGCUUUAAACGCGUUAAAAAAGCCAGCUAUAGCUGUGCUUUUAUUGGGUUUGUUGUUAAUGUAUGAUCCUAAUAACUCAGCAUUGGCUGCAUCGGGUGGGAGGAUGGGAGGACGGUCUUUUUCUUCGAGUUCUUCGUCUUCGAGGAGUUAUUCGGUGCCUAGGAAUGAAGGGUCGAGUUUUUCUUCGUACACGGUUCCUUAUUAUGCGCCUACUUCAUUUGGUGGUGGUGGUGGGUUUUAUAUGGGGCCUGCUGUUGGGGUAGGAGUUGUUGCCGGGUCAAGUUUUUCCUUGAUUUUGAUGGGGUUAGCUGCAUUUCUUUUGGUUUCGGGGUUUCUUUCGGAUAGGUCUGAGAGUAGUGUGCUUACUGCUAGUAGAAGGACUAGUGUUCUUAAGCUUCAGGUUGGGUUGUUGGGUAUGGGACGAUCUCUUCAAAGGGAUCUAAAUCGGAUCGCUGAAGUUGCUGACACUUCUACCUCUGAGGGUCUAAGCUUUGUAUUGACAGAGACAACACUAGCUUUGCUUCGCCAUCCUGAUUAUUGCAUCUCUGGUUAUUCAUCUGUGGAUGUGAAACGGAGCAUAGACGAUGGGGAGAAAUGCUUUAAUCAACUCUCUAUUGAAGAACGGGGUAAAUUUGAUGAAGAGACUCUUGUGAAUGUGAACAAUAUUAAAAGGCAAAGUACAACUAGUCAGAAAGCUAGUGGAUUUAGCAAUGAGUACAUAGUGAUAACAAUUUUGGUGGCUGCUAAAGGAGUGCAUAAAUUGCCCCCUAUCAAUGGAAGUGGAGACUUAAAGGAGGCCUUGCAAAAGCUUGCCUCCAUCUCGACAAGCAAAAUAUUGGCGGUUGAGGUCUUGUGGACACCUCAGAAUGAAAAUGACACUCUAUCAGAGCGGGAACUACUUGAAGACUACCCGCUUUUGAGGCCUCUAUAAAAUUUUAUAACUAGAUACCCUGUAUCUUCUCAUGAGAGGUAUUAAUUCGAACUGCUUCUUAGAGCCUUGGGUUCAUUUGUAUAUAAUAAAUUUAAAUUGGUAUACAGAGGUUCUGGUUGUCUAAAGAUUGAUGUGGUCUAGUGAACUGGAUUUGUAAACAUAUAAAGAGAGAGGGUAUAUUUUUGCUUGAAAGCAUUAGUAUUUUUUUUCCUUUUUCUCUCUCUGGUCCAACUCCAAGACUAUGACCAUUACCAAUAAUCUUUCAUCUCAGAGCUCUACUUUUACCUUUUGUUUACCCUUUAGGCAAUAUAACAGUCCUAUCACUUGUGUCGCACAUUCUGCCUUUGAUUACUUUGUUUUUCAUAAAGGCCCGUAUUAUUUCCUAGAAGUUGGAUAUCUAUCAUUUUCAAUUGGUUUAGUGAUUUUAAAAGAUGGUUAUGAAAUGAUCACAACCUCUGUUUUAUUCAAUCUAGAUGCACAGAGCAUUUCAGGACUUUGAACUACUCUUAAGUCUAUCUAGUGCCUAGUUAAGGAUUGAGGCACCAGAUAUUUCAGAUUCUUGUGAAAAAGGGAGCUUUACCUUUUACUAAUGGUGGGGUUAGGUGGUUAUGUUUUGGUUGUGAAUGAAAGUGACUAGAAGUUGAUUCAACUUUAAAAGUAUUGUCAUUAUCUCUAGUAAUCCACUUAUUCCUAAUAUUCACCACUGCCUGAGAUGAUACAACUUUAUCAUGAUAAGGUCAAGUGCAUUAGUAAUAUUUGUUUUCUCCUGUAUCUUGGGGUGGAAAGUGGUUAGAAUUAUAGAAGUUUCUUCUCCUUUUUCCUUUUUCCUGUUUACUUUUUAUCUUGGUUUUUUUUUUCUUUACUAUUGGACAAUUCCUUGGGUUUCUUUUUAUUUAUUUUUAACAAAGAAGGGGUUGUUGGUGUUCGAAUUUGAAAGCUAGUUUUAUUGGAUAUUAUCUUUUAAGGAUGGUUACACGAAUCAAUUGAGCUAAACUUUGGAUUCAAUUUCUUAGGUUUCUGUUUCAAUGUAAGGGUAGCAUACUUAAUUAACACACUCUGUUAAGCUUUGGUUUAGGCAAGUUGUUCUAGUGCUGCAAAACUUAGCUUAUUCAUCGGUGGUAGACUCCAUCAUGGGUUUUUCACGUUUUGUUGCUCUGGUCUUCGGUCAUCCUGAUUAUAACUGUUUCAGUUGCCACCUUUGAACCCUACCAUUAGUGAUAAACAUUUGAAAGGAUGAAGCAAUCAUUGUUUGUAUUACUUGUCAUUGACCAGGAUAUAUAACAAUCUUUUCUAGCCAUGAUUGGUUUGUUUGUAGAAGAUAAAGACCUUUGUGGAGCUUGAUCUCUAGUCAAAUACUGCACGAUAAGAGUUUGCCUUCUACGAUUCCAGGCUUCAUGAUUCACGCUUGAACGAGACUGUC